AUGUCGACAAAAGAAAAUGUACCUGGUACCUAUCCACUCGGCUCCCCGACCCCAACAGGCGGGUUGAGCCUCAACGCAGGCGCUCUCCACCUCGGUGUUGAGAGCGCAUGGACUCGUGAUGAAUUAAUCAUCGCUGGAACCGAGAGAUCGAGCAGUAGGGGGGCUGAACCCCCGACUAUCGACCAACUCUCAACAGACUCGUGGAUGGGUGCUCUGGGAGCCCCAUCCAAAGCAAGCACCCUAUCCUUAAGGGUAGGCAAAAGUGCAGGCAUCGCGCCUGACGAUGGCGAGGGUUCUGCCGCAAUGAGCAUAAGCCCAGUUACUAGGCAGUGUGGAUGGGUUGCACACCUCCCACAUUAA